AUGAAGAAGAAAGAUGAGUUUCCGGUUUGUAAAGAAGGAGACUUCAUUAUGGAUCAGUUGGUGGAGAUGGCUAGCAAAGGGUGUGGGUGUUUGCUUGUGGUUGAUGAAUAUCAUCGUUUGAUUGGUACGUUUACAGAUGGUGAUCUUCGUCGGACACUUAAAGCAAGUGGGGAAGGUAUCUUCAAACUCAGUGUUGUUGAAAUGUGCAACAGGUGA